UGAAAAGGGCAGAAAAGUCAUCUGCGGUCCUCGGCUCCUCCAGGGUUUAAACAUCCAGUGGCUCUCUCCGAUUAGAGUUCGUUUGAUUUCUCACUCUCACUCUCAUUUCAUUUUCGUUUCCAAUUCCGGAAGUAUCGAAACCACUUACUUUUUCUAUCAUCGAUUUGAGGAGUAAAACUGGUGAUCUCUUUUACCUUUCAGGAGAAAAACGAGACCACCUAUUUGUAUCAGAAUCAUGGCUGAAAGUGAUAGAAACGAACCAAUCAACGAGCAAGUAGUUGCGAAUAUGUACACUGCUAUGCGAUCUGAACUAAACCAAAUUUACUCGAAAAUAACUGAACUUGAGAUGGAUGUGAGUGAGCAUUCAUUAGUCAUCAAUGCUAUCCAACCGCUUGACCCUUCCAGACGAUGCUACCGAAUGAUUGGAGGUGUGCUGGUCGAGAGAACUAUCAAAGAGGUCCUGCCUGCUGUGCAGCGCAAUAAAGAGGGAAUUGAGGAGGUCAUUGCAAGGCUUAAUGAGGCUGCUGAAAGGAAGAAAAAGGAAAUUGCUGAUUUUGAAGCCAAGUACAAGAUCAGGAUAAGAAAGUCUGACAGUGAAGUAAAAGAUGAUACUAACAAGAAGGAGGGCUCUUCUCAAGGUGUUCUUGUGGGUCCUGCAGGUUCAAGUGAAUGAGAGCUCUCAUGUACUUUCCAUCUUCUUUACAGUUUAUCGGACAUGUUUGAUCAAGUUUUCCUCACUUUUUUGUUUAUGGUGUCCGCGCUUAUGGACAUGUAAUUAGUUGAACAUGGCUGUUUGACUAGCUUAUAUGAAUGAACCUGAUUGUGUUUGAAAAUGUUCGAAUGACAGCUGAUUUUGAACGAAA